CUCGUAGGCAGGUAAGCUCAUGAGGUGCAGCCGCGCUGGAUUAAUAUUGGUUCAUCCAUUACAUCCUUCGUCUUCAUUUCCAUUGCGAAUAACAGACUACACAUCACAGCACUGAGCAUCUCGAAGAUUCGACAUGCCUGAGCUUCCAAACAUACAAAUCCGCGACGCCGAGUUCCCCGCCGACAAGCAGGUGGUGGGGCAGCUGUUUAGGGCGUACGCACAGUCACUGCCCAUCAGCCUCGACUUUCAAAAUUUCGACCACGAAUUGGCGGAACUACCUGGCAAAUAUGCAGCCUCAAAAGGAGGCGCUGUUUGGUUGCUGGUCUCCUCGGCAGGAGACGGAGGAAGUCACGAAAGCAAGGCCGGCUUCAGCACCACAAAAGAGAACGAGCAAGCCAUAGGAUGCAUAGCCAUCCGACCUUUCUUCGCGACGCCCACCACAGCUGAGUCUGCAACUUUACUAGCGCACUCAACGUCAGCACCCACCAAGACAUGCGAGCUCAAGCGCUUGUUUCUCGCGCCUGAAACGCGGGGGAUGCGUCUCAGCAAACCAUUGAUGGAAGUUGCUCUCUCGCAUGCAAAAAAGCUGGGCUAUGAAGAGAUGCUGCUCGAUACACUUCGCAGCAUGAAGACUGCGCGAAAGCUGUAUGAGGGAUAUGGUUUUGAGGAGAUUGACAGCUAUUAUGAGAACCCAGAGGACGCAGUAUUCUAUCGCUUAAAGCUCUAAUGUCGCGUUGGCUGGCCUGCAGUCGCGUCGCGGGACGGGUUGACAAAAGUAAUUAAAGUUCGGGCGUGAUCGCGCGUCGAAAACAUCGUCAUCGAUUUUCCACUUAGCGCGUCCCCUUCAUCGCGACCGCGUCCCACUGCAUGCGGUCAUUUUCACAUACCCCUGGCGCUAGAAACAAUACUAUCAUUCGCAUUGAUCCUGCUC